ACCUCACGUCUGCAACUAACCACCUUCUCCCAUACUUAGAAAUCUCACAAAAUUUAUCCAUUAAUCAAACCCUUUUCUUCUUUCUCUCCUCUUCUCUUCUGCAUCCCAUCAAUGAUUAUGGCUGCCAUCCAAUCCGACCAGCUCGCCCAACUCAAACACAUCUUCACCCGCUUUGACAUGGACUCCGAUGGCAGCCUCACCCAGCUCGAGCUCGGCGCUCUGCUCCGAUCCCUCGGAAUCAAACCCACCGGCGACCAACUCCAUCUCCUCCUGGCUAAUAUUGACUCCAAUGGAAACGGAUCUGUUGAGUUCGACGAGCUUAUCAGCGCCAUUUUACCAGAUAUGAACGAGCAGGUCUUGAUUAACCAGGAGCAACUCAUGGAGGUAUUCCGGUCAUUUGACAGGGACGGAAACGGCUACAUCACCGCCUCUGAGCUCGCCGGGUCCAUGGCUAAAAUGGGUCACCCUUUGACGUACAGGGAGCUAGCGGAUAUGAUGAGAGAAGCCGAUACAAAUGGCGAUGGUGUCAUUAGUUUUCAUGAGUUUGCUAACGUGAUGGCAAAAUCUGCUGCUGAUUUUCUAGGACUCACCGUUGCAUAGCCGGCUAUGUAUAUUUACAUAAGUUUAGGCAUUUUCUUGUUAAUUAAUUAAUUAAUAAUCCAUUAUGGAUGGUUCAUGUUGGAUCCAAUAUUUAUCAUUAAAGUAUAUGUGAACCCUUUUGACCGAUCUA